GCAGAAUUGGACGACACGUUAUCCUCCGAAGCGAUUGAGAUGCCCCGCAACAACAACAAACCCGUAUUAUUUAAUAACAAUUGCCAUCACCGUGACAAGAGAAGAUGCUUUUGCUGUCCCUGGCCUCGUCGCAGGAUGGCUAAUGCGAGACCUACGGUCGACGGCAUCGCCGUCGUCAACCUCGCCUCCCCCGAAGAGCAGUCAGGUGCCGAGAGUGCCGCCGCUGCCCGCGCAAGGCGGCUCAAGACCGCCCGGGACGCCGUCGGCCGCGCUCCGUCACGAUGGCUGCUGCGUGCCUCGGCGGCGUGGUGGAGAUCGCUUCAGUAUGUCGGGAUGACGCUGCACUUUUUGGCUCCCGAGCGACCGCCCAGCCCUUCCUUCAGCAAGACCAUCCGGUCGACAAUCUCCAAGACCGAAGGCGAGUUUUCCCUGCAGUUCUACACACCCGAAGGGUAUGAGACCGCGGCCAAGACGGGAACCAAGUUUCCUGCCGUCGUCAAUUUUCACGGCGGCGGCUUCACCAUUGGCAGUGCCACGGAUGAUGCCCGCUUCGGCCGUUUCGUCCUGAAAGAGUGCAACGCCGUGUUUGUCAGCGUGAACUACCGGCUCAGUCCCGAGCACCCGUUCCCCGUGGCGGUGGAGGACGCCGCAGACGCGCUGCUGUACUUGAUCCGCUCCGGACCCGAACUGCUCAUCGACCCAUCCAAGCUGGCCACCUCGGGCUUCUCCGCCGGCGCCAACCUCGCCAUCACAUCAACCCUCCGUCUAGCAGACCACCUCGAGACGCUCAGACAGGCGGGCACCCAAGUGCCGGACCACCGCAUCCGCGCCGUGGCCACGUGGUACCCCAUCACCGACUACACCGAACCACGGGCGCUCAAGCGCGCCGCCUCGGUCCGACCAGACCAAACCCUUCCCGAGACGCUUACCUCCCUCUUCGACGCCUGCUACCUGCACCCCCCAGACCUGCCGCUCGACUCGUGCUACCUCUCGCCGAGCAUGGCCACCGACGAGCACCUCGCGGCCGCCAUUCCGCAAACGGUCAUCUUCUUCACCUGCGAGCACGAUAUGCUAAUGCAGGAAGGCGAGGCGCUGGCCAAGCGCUUGCGAGAGCCCCCUAUCAGCAAGGACGUUCGAUACAAGAUGAUCAAGGGUGUGGCUCAUGCCUGGGACAAGUCGCCGGACCCUACGAAACCAGCCGAGUACAGCGAAGACCUGUAUCGAGAGUGCUGCGGGUACCUGAGCGAAGCAUUCGAGAAGCCGUGAUGCUUGCAUGAAGUGAUACUUUUUGAAGAUUCCUGAGCUGCAGCAUUGGACAAAGCGAGCGCAUAGCGUGUUUUCCGUGCCUUAGACAGUCGGAUCGGACCGGGAUUGGUGAAAGUAAGAACAGCACAGUUAUAAUAGAUGUACGAUAUGAGCAUUUGAAUUGUUGCCGCAGCUUCGGUUCAAGUUCCAUUUCGGCCCCGUAGCAGACAUGGCGCGGAGUUGUGUUAUUUCCACCAGAAUAUGUUCCCGGCGCGCGGUUGGCUCCGCCCAGGCUCCGCCCAGGCUCCGGCCGUUUUAAGCGG